GUGGGAGGUGAAGAAAUCACUCGGGCAGCAGUGACGGCGGCUCCAAAAGGACCGCGGAACCACUUUGCCAACAGGAAUGAACUAAGAACUGGUGUUCAGAAGAUACGCCAGUAUAUGGAAAACUAUCAAACAAAUCCCCACUGGUACAACGAGCUAUUCAACUUUUUCCAGGGGGUGGAGGACUUUGCAAAAGGCGCCUGGAGUGGGUGUGAAAACUCUGAUCCCGCUUUGGCGGACAUUCACAAAACACUGGAGAGAAUCCAGAACGACACUAAACACAUAUGGGAGAAGCAGAGCACCACAGAGCCCCCUGAUUUAGCAGCCUGUUGGAGAGCUUUCCGGGCGCGAAACAGGCAGUGUGGAGUACAAAACGCCUCUGCCCCAACAUCUCAAAAACGGGCACCACCACCCCGGGAACACCGCACACGGAGUUAGGAGUUGACUAUGAAAUAACAGUCAAGAUACGCAAUGAAGCAAUGCGGGCUGACCUGAAGAAGAUAUCUCCAAUCAAGAUAGUGGAACGGGCUGAGAGAGCACGGGAAAGUGCAGCCCAAAAGUCAAAUGGUUCUCCCCUUGCAGCGUCAACUUUCAUUGCCGCACGUCAGCUACCGUCUGGAGAUGUCAGU